GCCCACUGUAAUACCCACGACCAAAUUACGCAAACAGAUCAUGGAGAGCAACCAAUCAGAAAAUCUCCACGAACCAAUGUUGAGCUGCUCCAAGCAGCACCUGCAACGACAAGACGGCGGCGGUAACCGCCGGCAAAUGGUUCACGAAGUGGAUUUUAGACUGGAAACAGUCUUGAACGAUUCCCAGUUGCCAUUCUUGAAGCGUCUGCAUUUGGCUUCAUCUAUCGAACUCAACAUCCUCUUUCACUUGGCUGCUCCCGCGGUCCUCGUCUACCUUCUAAAUAACACCAUGUUCUUGUCCACCAGAAUGUUCUGCGGUCGCCUCGGUAAUCUCGAGCUCGCUGCCGCCUCGCUCGGCACCAGCGGAAUCAGCUUCUUCUCCUACGGCCUCAUGCUGGGGAUGGGGAGUGCAGUUGAGACAUUAUGCGGACAAGCUUACGGCGCGCACAGAUACGAAAUGCUCGGAGUGUAUCUACAAAGGUCAACGAUUGUACUUACGUUGACCGGAAUCCCGAUGACCGUCGUCUACAUCUUAUCAAAACCCAUAUUAACCUUACUCGGGGAACCAAACGACGUCGCAUCAAAUGCGGCAAUAUUCGUCUGCGGGCUAAUACCACAGAUCUUCGCGUACGCCGUCAACUUCCCGAUACAAAAAUUCUUACAAGCGCAGAGCAUUGUGGCGCCGAGCGCGUAUAUUUCAGCGGCGACGCUGGGAGCGCACCUGGUGCUGAGCUGGGUGGCGGUGUAUAAAAUGGGUCUGGGCUUGUUGGGCGUGUCGCUGGUGCUGAGCCUGUCGUGGUGGGUGGUGGUGGUGGCUCAGAUGUUGUACAUAGUGGUGAGCCCACGGUGCAGAUUGACUUGGACCGGACUGAGCUUGAAGGCGUUCGAUGGGCUGUGGGAAUUCUUUAAGAUGUCGGCUGCGUCGGCUGUAAUGCUGUGUUUGGAAACUUGGUAUACUCAGUUACUGGUUUUGAUAACUGGAUUGCUCAAGAACCCGGAGCUCGCUUUGGAUUCUCUUUCCAUUUGCAUGGCCAUUUCUGCUGUGUCCUUCAUGGUCUCAGUUGGAUUCAACGCAGCCGCAAGUGUAAGAAUUAGCAACGAGCUUGGAGCUGGAAAUCCCAAGUCGGCAUCUUUUUCAGCAGCAGUGGUGACUUUGGUUUCUUCCAUCAUUGCCGUGGCGGAAGCCGUCCUCGUUCUCGCCCUCCGCCGUGUUAUUAGCUACGCUUUCACCGAUGGUAAAGUUGUCGCAGAUGCAGUCUCGGAGCUUUGCCCAUAUCUGGCCAUUACUGUUAUACUCAAUGGAAUUCAACCUGUCUUAUCUGGCGUAGCCGUUGGGUGCGGAUGGCAGGCAUUUGUGGCAUAUGUAAACAUAGGAUGUUACUACCUCGUUGGCAUCCCUGUAGGUUGUCUUCUCGGCUUCAAGUUUGAUCUCGGAGCCAAGGGAAUAUGGUCCGGAAUGAUAGGAGGAACUCUUAUGCAGACUCUUAUCUUGUUGUGUGUCACGUUCAGAACAGACUGGGAGAAGGAGGUUGAGAAAGCAAGGUCUCGUUUGGAUAAAUGGGAAGACAAGAAUGAGCCUCUGCUGAAGCAGUAAAUUAUAACACGUCAAAAAUGGUUUUCAAAAUUUUGUAAUUUUUUUUGUCUUUGAUCUUUUUUUUUUUCUUGGGACUAAUAAGAGCAUGUUAAUUUAAAGGCAGUG